ACUCCAUUUGAGGAGAAUAACACCAUCAAUGUUGUCUUCUUAUUCAGUAAAAUGGUCUGGCUGUCUUGUGUUAGUUAAGUUCCAUUAAAGAAGUAGAACUACUUUUCCUGCCAAAGAGUGGGAUUUAUAGAGGGAUUAGACAUUCUAUAAUUGCAGGGGCUGAGAAAGCAGCCUGGGCAGACUCCUGCCUCUGAGUCUGUUGUUGAGCCUGAAGCAGUUAUAAGUCAGGUAGACAGACACAGUCGAGAAGCGAAAGUGGAUGUGGAGAAGAGCAAGGACCAAAUGGAAUCUGCACUGGCUUCUCACCAACUCCAGUUUUGAUGCUGGGGGUGAUCUACAGGAGAGGCUAGCACUCUUUACCCUGGGAUUGCACAUGCAGACCCAGGAUUUGGAGAAGCUGAAGGAGUUGCAGGCCAGCCUGCUUCCCGUGCCAACAAGGGUGACUGGGAAUGUAAACAAGAGUAAGCUGUUUCCUGAUGGCUUUUAGUAUAUACUGACAUACUGUCUGUGAUGGCAUCUGAGGCUGAGAAGACCCAUGCUUUACUCCAGUCUUGUAGCACUGAGUCUCUUAUUUCCAGCCUUGGUCUGGGGAUGUUCUGCCUAGUAGCCGACAGACUUCUUCAGUUUUCCGUAAUUCAGCAAAAUGACUGGCUUCGAGCCCUCUCGGAUAACACCAUACAUUGUGUGAUUGGCAUGUGGUUGUGGGCAAUAGUCAUUGGCGUCAAGAAGACAACGGACUUUGGAGAAAUCAUUUUAGCUGGAUUUUUAGCCUCUGUUAUUGAUGUAGACCACUUUUUUCUAGCUGGAUCUUUAUCUUUAAAGGCUGCUUUGACUCUCCCACGAAGACCUUUUCUUCACUGCUCUACUGUCAUUCCAGUUGUGGUUCUGACCCUGAGGUUUACUAUGCACCUUUUCAAGCUCAAGGACUCAUGGUGCUUUCUUCCCUGGAUGUUAUUUAUAUCCUGGACUUCACAUCAUAUCCGAGAUGGAAUUCGUCACGGCCUGUGGAUAUGCCCAUUUGGAAAAACCUCUCCUUUGCCAUUCUGGCUUUAUGUUGUCAUCACCUCCUCUUUACCUCACAUCUGUUCAUUCGUUAUGUAUUUCACAGGGACCAGACAAAUGAUGUCUUCAAAAUAUGGGAUCCAUAUCGAUGUCUGAGCUAACCGUAUGCCAGGCUUCAAGAAGCAGAUGGUUCUGAUAAUGACAAUUAAGGGUAGCUAACAUUAUCAAGUGAAUUUUUAACAAUAUAUUAUAUUAAUUAUAAUUCCUGAAUCCUCUUGCUCAGGAGGCAUGUA